CUCCCACCAUCGAGUUUGAGCAGGCGUCCUAUCAGGUCAGAGAGCCUCCUGGUCCCGACGGCAUCGAGGUGCUCAACAUCAAGGUGAUCCGUCGAGGAGAUCUGGACCGGACCUCCAAGAUCCGCUGCAGCACCCGGGACGGAUCGGCCCAGUCCGGAGUCGACUAUAAUCCAAAGAGCCGAGUGCUUAAAUUCACCCCUGGCAUGGACCACAUCCUGUUCAAAGUGGAGAUUCUGUCCAAUGAGGACAGAGAGUGGCACGAGUCCUUCUCACUGGUCCUUGGCCCUGACGACCCUGUGGAGGCGGUGCUGGGGGAGAUCACCAUGGCAACA